GACAUUGACAUUAAUCGUGCAUGCAUGGCAUGGAUGGUGCUUUUUGUUGGUUAGAUUUCGAAAACGUAAAUAAAAUAAAAUAUGUCUAAAAAGAAGUUAUUUGACGAGGAUUCCGACGAAGAAAUAGACCUCAAAACUGAAAAUGAGUACGCAAAGAAAUACGACGCUUGGCGGGAGAAAGAAGAGAUGCACAAACUGGAGCAGAAGUAUGGAUCUAAAGCAUUAAACUCUGACGCUUCGUUGUCUACUGAUAGUGAAGAUGAGAGUGACGAGCCUCUGGAAGUCAGCGAAGAAACCGAGAAGCAGUUCCUUAAGACCCUGGCGCUGCUCAAGACCAAGGAUCCCAGGAUAUAUGAUUCAAGUUACAAGUUUUUUGAUGAAAAUAAGGAAAAACAACCAGAAAAAGAGUCAAAAGCCAAGACUUUAACUUUUGAUGACAGUGAUGGCGAUGAUGAUGAUGAUGGCAACAUCUUCAGCAUUGAGAAGAAAGCAGAAGUUGAUGAUGAUAAUGCCAAAAAGGAAAACAAAAAGGAAGGCAAGCUGAAAGAAUUUCUCACAGGUGAAGCAGAGCACAUUGAUGAUGAGGUGGAGAAAGACCUGGAGCCACUGAAAGCUCUGUGGUCGGACCCAAAGCUCAGUGAGGGAGAGGCCUUCUUGAGGGAUUACAUUCUUAAUAAAAAAUACCUAGACGACGACGACAUGGCACCAGUCACUGACAAACUUCUGGACGACGAUGACCUGGAAGCAGAUGAGAAGAUGGUGGAGGAACAGGGCAAGUUCGAGAGAGCUUACAACUUCCGGUUUGAGGAGCCCGACGAGGAAUAUCUAAAACGGUUCCCGCGCACGAUGAACUCCAUCCGUCCCAAAGACGACCGCCGCGCGCGCAAGCGGGCGGAGCUGCGCGCGCGCAAGGAGGAGGAGAAGAAGAGGAAGAUGGAGGAGAUCGCCAGGCUGAAGGCGCUCAAGCUGAAGGAGAUACAGGAGAAGAUCGCCAAGAUCAAAGAAGUCACUGGCAAUGACGAGUUGGCUUUUAAGGAAGAAGACAUAGAGGGAGACUUCGACCCCUCGGAGCACGACCGGCGCAUGCGCGCCAUCUUCGACGAGCGCUACUACGGCGCCGGCGCGGCCGAGCGACAGAAACCCGUGUUCCCGGACCUCGACGAACAACUCGAAAUAGAAAAUUGGGACAAUUUCGACCCAGAAAAGGAAACGCGAAACGAUGAAGAGGGUCCCCACUGCGAAGAAGAAGAUUUUAAUAUGGACGCCGAUUACGACCCGAAACAAGCACGAACAAACCUUAUGGAGGAAAUACAAAAGAGUUUGGGCAAGAAGCGUAGAAACCGAAAGAAGAAGUCCAAACUCGGCCAGCUAUUAACCAUAGACAAACCUAAGUUCGUUCCGACGGUGGCUGAUAAGACAUAUGAUGAAUAUAUGGAGGAAUAUUAUAAGAUGGACUGCGAAGAUGUGAUUGGAGGAGAUUUACCAACUAGGUUUAAGUAUAGGGAGGUCGUCCCGAAUGACUAUGGGCUGACUAUUGAAGAGAUACUGCUAGCGGACGACAAGGAGCUGACGCAAUGGGUGCCGCUGAAGAAGAUCGUGCGACAUCGUCCUGACAACAUGGAGCGAGGCGACGUGAAGACGUACGCUCAGCGCGCGUGUGACGUCAACCUGAAGAAGAAAGUGCUGCCAAGCCUGUUCAAGGAUUUGCCCGAGGAGCCAGAAAUAGUGAUUCCUAUUGAAGAAGCAACAAAAAAGAAGAAGAAAAAGAAGAAAAAUUCCAAACAAAGUACAGAGGAGACAAAUGAUGACCUUGCAGAUGACAAGGACAAUAAUAGGCAGAAUACAGAAGAUGGUGGUAGAAAAAAUCAGAAAAAUAUACCUGAGAAUACUGACAGUGAUCUAGAAAAAAGUAAUGUAGCUGAAGAAAAUAAUAAAGAAGAUUCACCAAAUGAUAUACAAUUAGAUAAACUCAAGAAGAAAAAGAAGCAUAAACAAAUAAGUAGUAACGUGUCAGUAAUAGCUAGUGUGAAUGAUUCAAGAGAUGGCACACUAUCGAAGAAGAAACAUAAAAAAGCUAGUCAUGUCAUAGACAAUUAUGAAUCAGAAAAUAAUGCAGUAGACAUUGGUGUGACAAGUGGUUUGGGUAAUUCAAGAGAUAAUAGUGAAGUACUUGAGUCUGUGAAGGAAAAGAAGAAACAUAAAAAACAAGAUGUUGAAAUUGAAAUAGGAACUAAAGUUGCAGAAGAAAAUGAUGUACAUGAAACAAAAUUGAAUACUAAUAGUUGUGAAAGUAGUAAACGGAAACGAAAGAAGAAAACACAAGGAUUUGUCAUAGAAAAUGUAAAUAACGUUGGACCUAGUCAAGCAAAUCUGGAAACUUCUAAUUCUAAAAGUAAAAAUACAAAUGAAACAAAUUCUCAGAAUAAUUUGAAACGAAAAUUUGAUUCGAUUACUAAUUUAGAACCACGUAAAAAGAAGAAGAAAAAUAAUCAAUUUGAUAAGAAUAAUGUAGGAAAUAAAUUCAAAAAUGACAAAUUUAAAAAGAAUAACAAUAAAAAUGAAGGUGACUCCGGUAAUCCUCUAGCGAAAUUGUCAGAUGAAAGGCUGAAAGCCUAUGGAUUGAAUCCGAAAAAGUACAGAGGUUUCUUAAAAUACAAGAAAUUUUAGUUUUUAUGUAAUAUUAUGUUCUGUAAAUAAUUUAUUGAUGUAAAUAAGUUUCGUUUAUUAUA